AGCCUCUGCCACAGCCACUGACUCUUUCAAAUCUAAAUUGUUUUCUACAACAAUUAUACCAUUUAUUUGUCAUUUUUUUAGUUCUAUACUUUUAUUCUAUACAUACAUUCUCUCACGCUUUUUUAUAUGAAUGAUUUUUUUUCCUAUGCCAGCUCUGACACACAAACACAAUCUCUCCCAACUUUUUUUUUGCUUUUGCUUUCCCUUUUCCUGUGCUUUCGGCAACACCCAAAUCAUCAAAAUCAGAAAAACUAUCGGUUUGUCACUCUCUCCUUCACUGACUCAAAAAUAAACAGUUUCUGAUGAGUGAUGACAGUCCAGAGCAGAACCCAUCACGGCCGUUCGAUUCUCAAACUCUCACAAUUCAAUCAUGGAAUGGCAGUGGCUUCGUUGGUCAAGAUUGUUGUUCUCUCCCACUUGUUAUUACAAGUCACAGCACAGAACGACACAAACGGAGCUUUGCCACCGGACCCAUUGUCUGCGCUCAAGUUCGAUAAGCGCAUGGCUUUGAUUAUGAUAAUCCUCGUAAGUAUUUUCUUCUUCCUAGGAUUUCUGUCCGUGUACACGCGCCAGUGCGCAGAUCGCAGGAUUCGCGGUCGGCUCGACUUGGCUAUUGCCAUGGGAGGAAGUGGAAGACGCUCCAGAAGGGCGCGUGGGCUCGACGCGGAGGUCAUCGAGUCGUUCCCGACUUUCGUUUACUCCUCCGUGAAAGGGCUGAAAAUCGGUAAGGGCGCGUUGGAGUGUGCAGUGUGCUUGAACGAGUUCGAAGAUGAUGAAACGCUGCGUUUGUUGCCCAAAUGUAGUCACGUGUUCCACACAGACUGUAUUGACGCGUGGCUUGCCUCUCACUCUACGUGCCCUGUUUGUCGAGCCUACUUGGUUCCCAAACCCGGCGAAAUACCUCGGCCCAUUGUGCUCCAAAUGCCCGAGCCGGAUGCCAAUUCGGGUCAACCCGAAAUCGAGGAACCUUUAUCCCACUCCCAACAUAACCAAGAUGUAUUAGAAGCAUCAAAUGCAAUAACCAAUCAGAAUCAGCCACAUAGAUCAAGCUCACCUGGGUUCAAGUUAUUGCCAAGGUCAUACUCAAUGGGUCACUCGUUGGUUCAACCAGCAGAGAAUCAAGAGAGGUUUACGCUAAGGUUACCAGAAGAGGUACGGAGUCAGCUUAUGAGUUCGACUUCGGUGACGUCGUUGAAUCGAACAAAUAGUUGUGCUGUGGCGUUUCCUAGAGUGAGGAGUUCGAGGAGGGGUUUUAGGAGUGCAAGUGGGGGCAUUGGCCGUACCUAUGACCGGUUUGCUCGAUCUGACCGUUGGCGGUUCUCAUUCACACCCAAUUUUAUUUCUCGAACUGGUUCGGCUCGAUCCCCAAAAGUCGAGGUGGACUAUGCUGGUGAAAAGUCCUCUGAUCCACUCCGGCCCAAUGGUGAAGUUUAGAUUCUUUUUUUCUCUUUGGGUUUUUUGAGAUUUCCAUGUGUACAUAUAUCUCUCUCUCUCUCUCUCUUAUUAAUUGCUCAUUUUAUUUUUCAUUGUUGAGGAAUGAAAUUGCAGUUUAAGUGAGUGUUCAAAGAGAGGAAAGAAAAAAAAAUUUACAUAAUGCAUUUUGUUAAUAUUGCAAAUAUGAAACCAGUGGCUUUACUUUCUGUUUCAUAUAUAUAUUUUGUUAAA